AUGAAAAUUAACAUAGAUAAGAUAAUAUUAAUCAAUUUAAUAGUAUUAUUGAAUCGAAAUGUACUGUAUUGUGUGUAUACAAAUGAUGUUUCAUUAAUUGAAUCACAACCUGUACCAACUAACAUUGGUACUGAUAAUACUAUUGCAAAUGCAUCCAAUAGUACUAUAAUUAAAGCUAAGUUUUUGCGGGAUUAUGACCUUACUGGUGAACCUUUAACAAGAAAGAUUGAUUACGAGAUAUAUGAAUCACAACGAAAUAAAUUAUCACAUCCAAAUAAAAUUGACAAAAUCAAAUUUUUUAAUUAUAUAAUUGAAUUUGAUGACAAUGCUAAAUUACCAAUUGGUACUGUUAUUAAUAUAAUCAUCUAUACUUGUGAACACAAUAAUCCAGUAUUAAUUAAAUUUUAUGUUUCUAUAGAAGGAUCACUCUACAAUUACUUCUACUCAAUGGAUAAUGAUACAAAUAAAUGGAAUAAUCACAAAUUAAAAUAUGAUAAUAGAUUCAAAGAAUAUACUGACAAGAAUGGUAUUAAUUAUUAUGAAAUCUCAGAUUUAAAAUCGUGUUUCUCUUGUUUUUUCGUUAAUAAAGAGUAUACAGCAUUAGCAAAAGAACAUUGCAAGAAAGAAAAAUGUGAAAUGCUAGAUAACAUUGAGUAUAAGAAUUUGGAAAUUUAUCUAAAAUAA